GCUGUGCUUCGAAAUGGUGGAGAGCAAAGAUAGAAGGCUGCUGUAGAGCGAGAGAGAGAGAGAGAGAGAGAGAGAGCGAGAACACCAACAGUUUUAUCUCUGGAAAUGAGGGGAAGAAGGUUGACAACAAACCGGCAGCAGAUCCUCCUCCAGACUCACUUUGUGGCAGAAGGAAAGCACCAGUGAUGGCUGACGCGGCACAAGUCAAGCAAACUGUAGCGAAGGUGCUGUGCUGCGUGGAGAAGGUGUCCUCGUUCGCCUCCUCCAUAGACCCCAUCUUCGGCAUCGUCUCCUCCCUGGUCGGGGUGGCUCGCAAGGGCCUGGUCGACGAGGAGGCCCACGCUCUGGACAAGGACUUCAAGGAGGUCCACAGCAAGCUGGAGACCAUUUCGCAGAAGAACCAGCAAUGCCUGAGGCAGAUCCGCAUUGACGAGGUGAACGAGACCUACGGCAAGUACGAGGAGUACAUCAAGCACCAGUACAAUGCCUUCAACAGCAUGGUGGCGCAGAUGAAGAAGGAUCCGGACAACACCCAGCGCCACAUGAAGAACUUCGAGAAGAUCUACGAGAGAGACAAGAGCGACAUGAGCCUGGACGUGUACUACCGCGGCGUGAUGGGUACCAAGACGCUGUUUGGAAGAACCCUGCUGAAGGUGUACCUGGACAGCUGCGACGGGGACCUGGAGAUCAUGGAGCGCCGCUGCUCGCACAUCACCCACCUGUUCCACAUGGGCCUCAUCGCGCUCAUGGGCUACACAGCUGUUACAGAGGACGACGAAGACGAGGUGCGGGAGAAGUGGGCGACGAGGGUGGAGGACAUCCAGGGGAAGAUGCAGGAGGUGCUCAGUCAGUGCAAAGUCAAGUCCACCUGAACAUGGACCGACGGAGAGAGAACUUCCUCCGGGUGGGACGAUGACAACACACAGAUCAUCGUCUGUACUCUCAGCUGUGGACCGACCAAAAAAGAUUUAUUAUAUUAUAACGUAAAUAUAUAUAAGAACCAAAACUUUGUUUGCAUUUGUGCAAUUGAGCUGACGUGCUGUAAGCAAAAUGUCAUCAUUGUCUGUUAUUGUAUAUUUUUGUUUCCAAGAGACCACUGUUUGUUUCCGCUGCUUUGUGCGACAAACCAAUAAAUGCUGACGUUUUAUACAAUCUCUUCAAUUAAAAUGUAUAAACUAUAA